AUGUCGGAAGAAGAUAGCAAUAACCUAGCCAUCCAAAUAGCCAAUCUCCUAAAAAAUGGAGUUCAAACUCAAACCCAGAACCCAAAACCAAAUCCCUCCGAUAGCCUAAAAAUUAACCUCAAUCUCACAAGCCAAAACUACCCUCUAUGGGCUCGGAUGAUACGAGUCGCCAUAGGGGGGAAAUCGAAAGCUCUUUUAAAUCAUCUCACCAAAGACCCACCGGAACCCAUCGAUGAACAUAACCUUACCGAGUUUCUGACAACGAAAACGCUAUGGGACGCUCUUACGGUUACGUAUAGCAGCGACAAAGACAAACUUCAAACUUUCGAUCUCCACGUCAAAGCAAACGAGUUCAAGCAAAAUGGCGUACCGUUGGAAGAAUUCUGGAUAGUGAUGCAGGGAAUCUGGGGAGAAAUCGAACGGCGAGAUCCGAACCCGAUGACGUGUUCCACCGACAUCGCCACUUACAACAAAGUCAGGUCAGAGCACAAAUUGUUUCAAUUUCUCAACGCUCUUGACCGAAAGUAUGAUUCCCUAAAAAGGGAAAUCCUCCGGUGGGACCCCUUGCCGUCCGCCGAAGCCGCUUAUGCUGCUGUCCGAAAGGAAACCGCACAUCAAAGCAUCUUCGGAAACGUACAACAAGAGGUGGCGUCGGGACUGAACUCAACAGGUGAUUCCGAUGGGUUAGGGCUCGUCUCUAGAGGUCGCCAGUCAGACCAGAAAUCCAAUCCGUCAUCAUCCCGGGUUGAUAAAAGCAGAUUGAGAUGCGAUCACUGUGGAAUGGCCAAGCAUACGAAAGAACAAUGUUUCAAACUGGUGGGGUACCCGGAAUGGUGGGUUGACGGACAUAAAAAAGGGAAGGCCGCUGCCGCCGUGGGUAAUCAAGGAACCACCAGCAGCGGCGGUAGCAGCGAUGAACUCCCAAAACCCGUCGGCAGUCAAUAUAACACCGAAAAAAGUGAAAAAAGGAACCUUGGAGGUAGCUGCUGUUUUGCGGCAAUUGAGGAAGAAGAACCAGGGGGUAUCGCAGGACAUCAGGACGGGAAAGAUCAUUGGGCGUGGUACUGAGCGGCAAGGACUAUACUACGUGGAUGAAGUGACUCGACAAGGUACUGUAAUGCUAGCUCAUGGAUCUAAAGAUAGGGAAGCUUGGUUAUGGAACCGAAGAUUGGGACACUCAUCUAGUGGUUAUUUACAUCGCUUAUUUCCUGAAUUAU